ACAAUGACGUGCGGACAUGUGCAGCAACAUAAUAUCACCGACUCCACUGAAAUAUGACUGUAAAUAAUAAAGUCUGUUGACAUGGUGUCUGUUUAACGCCGCUGUGGAGAAGUUACCACACAAUAAUGAUCCGUAAAUAAUGUCCGAGGCUGCUUUAGAGGAAGUUUCUGUUUUAUCGUCCAUUUACUGCGGAGGAGGAGAGUUUCAGCUCCUGCAGCAGUCUGCCUCAGAAGUUUACAAAGGAACAUCGAAACAAGCCUGAUACGUUUGGAAACAAGUCCUGUGGACUGAUGAAGAUAAAAUGCAACUUCACGGACACAAUGAGCAAAGCUCAGGAUGGACUCAUGGUCCAAAUCAACAGCACUGUUGGAGGAGAACGAAGGCUGGAUGUGAGCCUGUUGUUCCAUCUGCACCCCAGCUACCCUUCCUGUCCUCCCGCCAUCUCCGUCUCCUCCACUGUUCUCUCUAGGACUCAGUGUCACAACAUCAGACAGAAGCUGCUGGAUCAAGCUGCAGCUUUACCACCAGAGGAACCAAUGGUCCAUCAGCUGGUGGAGUGGAUGCAGGAGCAGUGUGUGGAGGUGACAGACAGCUGCAGAGGUGCUGAGGAGGAUGUGAAAAAAGAGAGAGAAAAAGAGGAGGAGUGGACGGCAGUGCUGUCGUUGGACCACAUCCGAUCGAGAAAUCGUUACAUCAGUCUGCUGGAGCGCUGGACCCAGCAGCUGCAGCUCACUGGGAGGUUAUUACUGGGAAGGAGUAUACUGGUUAUUCUGCAGGGAGACAGAGCCAACAUCAAGGAGUUUUGUCGCCUUUUAAAGACGGUGAAGGUGGAUGUGGAUUCUUCAGGCAAGAAAUGCAAAGAGAGGAUGAUGAAGGUUCUCAUUGAAAGACCUUCAUCUUCCUCCUGUGGACAUGGUCUCCAGGGUUUUGCAGUGAAGAACUACGAGUCGUUAGCAGAGCUGACCGCAGCCUUCCAGGAAAUUAACAUGGCUGAGAUUUACCAGCAGAUACUGCCAUCAUUAAGUGACUGACAGCACACAGGUUACCACGGUGACCAGUGACUGAACCUAAACUGAGAAGAUCCUCGACAAGAUUCAGACUCAACAAGCACAGUCUGACUGUAGAAGCAGGUGCACACAAGACGAGCCGCCUGCCAUGAAUACCAGAUUGAAUGUAAAGCAUCCACUGGAUACCCAACUCCUAAACAACACUAUAACUGUGUGGUAACAGCGGCUCAACAGACACAAAAAGACUGAUGGUUGAAACACAAUAAAGUUAUUGCUGAUGUG